CGAUGAUGUAUUUCAUUCUCUCGCACAAAAGAAUAUAGUAUGCUGGAACUCUCUUAUCUCUGGUUAUAGUUGGAACGGCAAAAUGGUGGAAGCAGAUGAGCUCUUCAAGAAUAUGCCUGCAAGGAACGCAGCUUCAUGGAACACAAUGAUUUCUGGUUACGCAGAAAAUCGACGAUUUGUUGAUGCACUAAAAUAUUUCAGUGCAAUGUCGGCUUCAGGGCAGAUUCCGGGAGAAAUUACCCUGUCAAGUGUUCUUCUUGCAUGCGCAAACUUGUGCUCUUUAGAGGUGGGCAAGAUGGUUCAUGCUAAGAUUGUCAAGCUUGGAAUCGAACAUAACAUCUUUAUGGGAACUGCACUCAGUGACAUGUAUGCCAAGUCAGGGGAUUUGGACAGCUCCAAGAGGAUAUUUUAUCAAAUGCCUGAAAAAAAUAGUAUCACUUGGACUGCCAUGGUUCAGGGACUUGCAGAAAAUGGCUUUGCAAAAGAUUCUAUUUUGUUGUUCGAGAAUAUGAUGGCAAAUGGAAUAUCACCGAAUGAGCAUACAUUUUUAGCUAUUUUAUUUGCUUGUUCCCACAGUGGUUUGGUGGAACAAGCCAUACAUUAUUUUGAAGCAAUGCAAGCACAUGGCAUCCCACCUAAACAGAAGCACUACACCUGCAUGUUUGAUGUCCUAGCUCGAGCUGAUCGUUUGACAGAAGCCGAAGAGCUUCUCAUGAAGGUUCCAAGUAACUUUGAAGCAAGUGCAUGGUCAGCUCUUCUGAGUGCUUGCAACACUUACAACAACAAGGAGAUAGGUGAGAGGGCAGCAAUGAAACUUCAUGAGUUGGAGAAAGAUAAUACAGCGGGCUAUGUGCUACUCUCGAACAUGUAUGCAUCUUGUGGUAAAUGGAAAGAUGCUGCUGAGAUAAGAAUACUGAUGAAAGGAGCUAGCCUUAAGAAAGAUGGUGGGUACAGCUGGUUACAAUUGAAGGGACAAUAUCAUGCCUUCUUUUCUUGGCAUUUGAUAUUUUCCAAAAAGAAGAAUGAAAAUGAGAGGAUGGUAUAACGCAGCAGCAAUUGGAACUUCAGAACUCCGAGAGUCGAGUAAAUUGAGCUAAUGUCUCCAGAAUGGUCCUAUACAAUGGAUCAAUCUCGGUUGUCAAAUAUUUCAGGGACAACAUACUGGAUGGCACUGUUUUUUUCACCCUCCUUUUCGGGAGCGAGCUGUUCGAGGACUACAUUGGUCAUCUUGCAAUGGCAACAAUGGCCUCCACUGAGAUGACAACCGACAACGACAACCCCUAAAAGCUUCAGGACAGGCUCAAGAAUGUACAAAGGGAAAGAGAGGAAAAGCUAGCUAGAUUCCUCAAGGAAUUCCUCUCCCAAUAUGUUCGUGGUGACAAAGAAAGAUUCGCUAAUCGUGUGGAAGCUGAGGCGAAGAGGCUCUCUCCAGCACUUGUCAAUCUUCUGAUCCUAUUAAACCAUUUGUACUUUUAUGUUGUCUAGCAUUCAACUCACUGUGAAAAAAUGUCCAUUUGCAGCAUCUGGACUGGAUAUUCUUCGCACCAUCGGAUAUAUGUAUUCUUGACAUGCAGCAAAGGAGCUAACAUCAAAUGGUGUGUGGACAGGAAAGAAACAUUAACAACAGCAAAAGAAGCCACAUUCAGAAUGUAGUUUAUGUAAAAGAUGAAUUGUUUGUAGAUAAAAAUCCCAUCAUACAGAAACUAAGUAAUAUGAAAGCUCCCUUGAUAACACGCUACAUUGGUUAAGCUA